UUGAUACAAAAAGCGCGAAAAUCUCGGAAACUUCUCCAACUUUACAAACAGGUGAACGUUUUUCACAUGUAAAAGAUCCGUUAACGGUAUUCUACAUUUAUAUUAUUGCCCUUUGGUUGAUGCUUGGAUUAGAGUUGCAGUCUCGCAGGCGACCUCUAUGCAUGCCUAUUAAAGUCUUGAGCCUACCGACAUUGCCAUGCUUGUCUAAUGGCAAAACGAAAGUAUUAGGAUGUUGGGGCGCAGUCUUGAGCCUACCGACAUUGCUAACCACAGAUAACCUCUAUGCUUGUCUGAUG